GGGAUUUUAAGAAAAUAUCGGGAAGAUCGCAGAUCAAUAUAAUGGAGUGUUUGGAUAUGUUCACUUUGUUUGUCAAUAAUAUACCAUUUAAAAGGCUUUGUUAAUCCAAACAGAUGACAUUUCUCUACCUUGGAAACCAUACGAAUUGUAUAAUUUAAGAGGCUAAGGGAUGGCUUCGUUUGAAGAAGACAUGGAAUCGCUGGUUGAACUGCGGGUCAGACACUGGAGACCAGCUAUUGUCCAAUGCAUCCAGACACAUCAGUUAUGUACCAGACUAGCUUCUAAAGGGAUUAUAACGGAUGUUGAAAAAAACCGGAUAUGUGACCUUUAUCGGAAUAAAACAUGUCUUGAUGCAAGUAACGAACUGUUAAACCUUGUGAUCAGUAAAAAACAAGCACAAAAGUGGGCUCUUUUUUUGGAGGCACUCGAUGACGAAGGUCUGGAAUAUGUGAAGUCACGUUUAAUAGCGUCAGAUAUAGAGUUACCAGAAGAGAGAGAGCACGGAAAGACGAUGCUUCAGUUUUUCGGCCCUGACCUAGAAAAGGAAAUUAAUGAGCCUCUUCAAAUAGCAAGAUUAUUAAAAAAUAAAAAGGUUAUAACUGAUGUUGACUUGCAAGAAAUAACGAAUUCGACUCUGCAACGGUCAACAAAUCUUGCUGUGCAUAUUCUUUUAACAAGAAUACAAUGCCAUAAGAGACCAGCAGAGUGGUACUAUGAGUUCCUGUGUUCACUCCGCGACGAAGGGUACCAACAUCUUGCAAACAAAUUGGAACCAGAUUUCCUUAAAAAUCCAUCUGCGUAUAUGCCUAAGCUUGGUCCCAUUCAACCAUCAAACAAUGAGAAAGAGCACGUGCUUGAAGAUAAAAUGAAGUUCGAACCAAGCAAUGACCUUAACGCACAGGCCCCAUCUACAAGCGAGACAUUUGAAUCGAAGUCGGAGUCUGAAGUGCAAGAACAAAUACUUAAAAGGGGAACCAAUAGUGGAAAUCGAAAUGAUAGUAGGACGGAUAUUGAAAACUUAAAGGACCUGAAUAUUAAGCCGGUUGAGGAAUUUACAGACAAAACAAAUGAAUCCGACGAGGAAAGUGAAGAAGAAAAUACGCUUGCUUCUGAUUACGAAAGUUCAGAUGCUGAGGAAGAAGAACCAAAACCUCAUUUAUUAGAGUUGCGGGAUUAUCAAAUAGAGCUUGCAGAGGAAGCUAUAAAGGGAAAGAACACGAUUAUAUGCUCUGAAACCGGAACCGGAAAAACUUGGGUUGCUCUACAUAUCGUUGCAAGCCAUCUUGCAAAAGCUAGCAAUUCACCGAAGAAGGUAGUGUUUAUGGCCAGAACAGGCGUUCUAAUCAAGCAACAGGCAAACAGGUUCAAACGCCAUCUGCCACAAUACCAGACCAAGCUAAUCACCGGUGAAGAAGAAGAGUCCCGAAUGAUUGACGCCUUUGUCCCCAACUAUGACAUCAUGUGUUCCACACCGCAAAUACUGGUGAACAAUCUUGACAGUAAAAACAUUGAAACCCUCAGCAAAUUUUCGCUAUUGGUUUUCGACGAGUGUCACCACACAAAGGGAGAUGAGCCCUACGCAAGACUUGCUCGAAGGUAUCUCAUAGAAAAGGAAAUUCAAACAACAAAAAUGCCACAGAUGAUUGGUCUAACAGCAUCAGUCGGUGUUGGGCCGGCGAGAACCGUUGAGGACGCUGUUGAUUAUAUUCUGCACCUUUGUGCGAAGCUUGACACAACACUCUUAUCAACUGUUGAACGGUGCAAGGAAAGCCUUUUGAAAUGGAUCAAUAGACCGAAAGAAGAAGUUAUAAAGAUGGUUAAACGGGAACCUGACCCUGGUAAGGACAUCAUGUUUAAUGCAAUGGAUGACACAGAAUCUUUACUAGAAGAUAUGGCGUAUUUACAGCCUGAUCUUACUGAUUUAAUGAUAGAGAAAAAGCCAGCCGAAAAAGAGUCGCAAGCUUACAACAAGUGGACUGUUGAUAUUGAAAGAGCGGCGCAACUAAACGUAACAGAUCACGACACGGCUCGAGACAUCAGCUCUUGUGCACGAUAUUUAAAUGUGUACAAUUCCGCCCUAGAAGUCAACAACCUUUUACAACUGAAACACGUCAUUAAGUACCUGGCAGAUAAACAUACCAUCGAAAGUCAGGGGAGAGGCAAGCACACAGGUCAAGAAAAAAAAUUGUUUCAAAAGUUGUUGGAUGUCCAAAAAAGUUUGUCUGCAAGAGCAAGGGAAAGAGACAAUGAAAACCCGAAUGUGAAAAUAGUCAGCGGUCAAUUGCGCCAGAUGAUUCGGGAAAAGGGAGAUGACUCACGAGCAAUUGUAUUUGUGAAGGCACGGGCUACUUGCAGAGCUCUGGCGGAGUAUAUCGAUAAUGAUCUGCGAGAAAUUGGUGUCCGAGCACAUCCGCUAUAUGGCCAACAAACUCGCGGACUAGACGAAGGUAUGACUGAGAGCGUUCAGACUGAGACUGUUGAGAAGUUCACGGAAGGACAUUACAAGGUGAUGGUUUGCACCUCUGUCGGAACAGAGGGCAUAGACGUCCCUGAUUGCAACAUCGUGGUCAACUAUAACUACUCCGGGGAUGAAAUAACAAAGAUACAAAUGAAAGGUCGGAGCAGAAAACAAGGCGCCACUCAUGUUCUUGUAGGAAGCGAAAAACAAGUGGAGCAGGAAAUGGUGAACGCGUACAAAGCAAAUCUUAUGUAUAAGGCGAUGGAUGAAUUUAAGCGGCUUAACCCCAAACACAUUCAGUAUAAAAUUGCUAUUUACCAGAAGGAGGAGAUGCAAAAACAUAGAUAUAAGAUGGAAUACGAAAAGGCUAAGAAAAGCAAAAUGUCGGAAGAUGAUCUGGAAAUACUUUGCAGGAGAUGCAACACAAAAGCCUGUCUGGUCUCUGACAUUCGAAAGCUUGGACAUGACCAUCUUGUCUUAGACAAGAGCUUUGCUAACAGAAUCACCACGAAACCGCACAAAUCCCCCAAAAAGUACGACGGCAUAGAAAAGAAAUCUAAAAUGUUCUGCAAAAAAUGCCCGUUGGACUGGGGCAUAGUUGCAGAAAGGGAUGGCGUCGACCUUUGGAUUUUGAAAAUACAAUGCUUCAAAUUUCGGAACAUGCGUUCUGCCGAUGUUUCAGCAUACAAGAAGUGGAUAGAAGUUCCAUAUGCUUUCCCCGAGAUGAACCUGGAAGACAUUCCAAAGUUCUUUGGAACUGUAGACGAAGUAGCCUGAACUGUUUUUAUUCAAAUGGAACUUUAAUCAGCUUUCCGUCGACAUAAGUCGAUACAUUUAGAGAUAACAACGCUUUAUUUAUAUAUCUCAAUAUGUGGACUUGGUAUAAUACAAAUGUAUAUGACUUGAUUAUUAACUUUGUAUUGUUAUUAUCUAAAGAUCAGCAGUUUGAAUGCCCUUAUUUUGCAUGUUUGAUUUAUGUUUUAGACGUAGAUCAGUAUUUUAGUGCAAACUAUCAGUAUUGUUUUGAAAUUAUAUUUAUUAAGUUUAAUCAAAGAAACGGAUUUUAAUACGAAUAAGUGUAUAAUUUGAAAUAUUUUAUUUUUAACUUAUUUGUCCAAAGGAUUAAAUACAGCCCAAAUGGUAAUCCUUUAAUUGAGUAUAAACAAGGUGAGGAAAAUAGCAUGUUUGUAGAACUAUAUUAUUUGAAAGAUGCUCCUUUUGCUGCGCUUUCUGAUUGGAGGUAUACCGUACGUUAAAUUAGGCAAAAGGGCUAAAUUAUUUUGUACGAUGUUAAUUUAACAGCAACACAUAUAUUCAUAAAAUAUUUUGACAGGUUUUAUGUAGUUUCAAUUUUCCAAUGUGACAAAGGAUGUAUUUAAAUUUGAUUGAAUGUUCUUUUUAUUCAUAAUACAAUAGAAGACACAUGGACAAGCUCAGUAACCAAACAAUCACUUGGUUAUUAAAGAGUCAUGCCUGUGAUGUACAUUCUGUAUAUAUUGUAUUUUAAACCAUAUUUUUAUUGUUGCUUACAUGCAUUGUGUAUUUUGGCUUAAUGUCGCAAUGUACAACACUUCCAAUAUUGCUUUGUAUCUGUGAGACUGUUAAUGUUAGAAGGGAUUUAUAAAAAAAAAUGUAUUCAGAUUUUUGACCUGUGUGAAUAUGUUGUUUGUGAAGUAAUGUUGAUAUAUACAGUUAAAUAUAAGUUAAACAAAUUAUCAUUUAGGAUAUAAACUUUAUUGAAACACGAUAUUUCAAAAUGUUAAUAGAUAAAGAAAAUAUAU